GUGUCCCUAUCAGUGACGCGCUUUGCGCGGGACCGGGUGAGGUGCCGAGUGGCGGCGGACCGUCCGACUUCGCCCGGAUGAAUCGGCGCUCCUGUGCCUCUCGGUCUCUGUUCGUCCGGCUCAGCGCCUCAGAAAGGCGUUUAAUAUGAGGAGAAAGCAGGGCAGGACACGCACCUCGGCGAGGCUGCGAGAGAAGCAGGCGGCUGCCUCCCAAUUCCAGGGAGACGGAGCUCCUAAACAGACAUCCUUAGAAGCGGCAGAUCUUCAGUGUCCAGUGAAGAGACCGAGAGGGAAAUGUACGGAACGGAAAAUAAAUAGGAGAGAUGCGAAUUACCUGGCAGAAGAUGGUUUGUCUCUGAGUCCGGUUGUAACGAACGGCAAUGGGGAGAAAGACUGUACAGAAACCUCGUCUGUUGUGGCUGGACUUUGCUCUGAAGAGAGCACAUGGGCAUGCCUACAGGACCGGUCAGAGCCGGGGAACUGCAAUGUGACAGGGCAGGAUCCCGAGCCUUUGCUGGAUGAUCAGGACAACAGUAUUUUCCUUGAUGAUGACAGCAACCAGAUCAUACCUGUGGGACAGUUCUUCGGCAAUUUAGAACUUGUCCAGGAUUAUCCCCCCAGAGUCCCACUAGAGUCCCACAUAAGCAGGAGGGAGUACCGGAGGUUGCACUAUAUUGCCAGGGAUGACAGUGAUGAGGAUGUCUAUGAUGAUCCCCUGGUUACAGAACAGGAGAAUGACAGUUUCAACAGUACCUAGCAAACAGGAAGCUGGGAGCAGAUGAGAGAGGUAUGGCCCUUUUUCUCGCUUAUGGGAAAGUGGACAGGAUACCCAACAGCUACGUAUCUGGUGAAAGAGAACAGCCUGUAAUGUUUAGACGUGACCCCAACCUUACUGGGCUGAUCGGAUUUUUCAAAACGUGAGAACAGUCUUUCUUUCCCUCUCCUUAUUUUACAGGUAUGGCGGCCCAGCAGAGCAUAAAGAAUCGUAAAAAUGGCCUGUUUUGAUCACUUCUGGGGUGGACACAAAGUGCCGAGUCAGUUUUUUUUGUCCUGGAAACGGCACUCAGCAACUUCCUUUGUUCUUGACUGGAAUCCAAAGAUGUGCUGUGUGACCUGCCUUGGACCCUUGCACUAAUGUAUUGCUCCUUGUCCAUUCGCCUGAAGUUGACUCAUGUCUGUCAUGAACACAGAGCAUGAUCACCUUGCUUAUUUGUAACUUAAAUUUGUAUGUGUAUAAGACAUAUAACUGGAUAAUUUUUCAAUGACAGAAGCAUGCGGUAUUGUCGUUUUUUUAAAUAUUUGAGUAAAUGCUGCAACUGAUUUUAAUGUUUAUUAAUGGUGGAUAAUGAUCAGUAAAAUCAAUUAUACUA